CAGUUCGUUGCACGCAACUUGUUCUUAGCACCAAUAAAACGCUAGAAAGGCAUCUUGUUCACUUUCUAUCGCAUCAGUGUCGAAAGCGGCAGUUGUUUUCCAGAGUUGAAGAAAAUCGGUAGAGGGUGCGUCAACCCCCGCGUCUCAUAAAAUUUUCACAAGGACAGCAGGUGUCUCGAUUCCGUCAGUUAGUUGGACGAUGUGGUGAAGUCGGCGCGUGUUUUCCGAUUUUCCGCAAUGGGUGAAGACGACAAGCUGAAGAGGAUGUUCAGCUGGAGCAGCAACGCCUUGAGUGAAGGUUCAGCGAUGGGCGAGCGCGUCGAGCCCGUGGUGCCAGGCCCGGACUUGGUCGGCGUGAACGUGGAAAGGCCGCCGGCGCCCCUGGUCCACCAGCAGUCCACCGUCUGGAGCAAAAGACAGCACGCCGUCUGCGUGCGACACGCUUUCAAGCAGUACGGCUCCAAGAAGAACCCCAACCACGUCCUCAGCGACCUCAACAUGACCGUCGCCAAAGGCACAAUCUACGGGUUGUUGGGGGCGUCUGGCUGCGGCAAAACCACCCUCUUGUCGUGCAUCGUGGGCCGUCGGCGGCUGAACACGGGGGAGAUCUGGGUGUUGGGGGGCAAACCGGGAACCAAGGGCUCGGGCGUGCCUGGAAAAAGGGUGGGCUACAUGCCCCAGGAGAUCGCCCUGUACGGCGAAUUCUCCAUCAAGGAAACCAUGAUGUACUUCGGCUGGAUCUUCGGGAUGGAGUCCUCGGAAAUCAACGAACGCUUACAAUUCCUGUUGAACUUCCUGGACCUCCCGAGCCAAAACCGCCUAGUGAAGAACCUAAGUGGCGGCCAACAGCGCCGUGUCUCCUUCGCGGUCGCCCUAAUGCACGACCCCGAGCUCUUGAUCCUUGACGAGCCCACCGUCGGGGUGGAUCCGCUCCUGAGGCAGAGUAUCUGGAACCACUUGGUCCAGAUUACGAAGGAUGGCAACAAAACGGUUAUCAUUACGACGCAUUAUAUCGAAGAGGCGCGGCAAGCUCAUACCAUCGGGUUGAUGCGAAGCGGGAAAUUGCUGGCGGAGGAGUCGCCGCAUGUUUUGCUCUCUAUGUACGGCUGUCAGUCGUUAGAGGAAGUGUUUUUGAAACUGUCCAGGAAGCAGGGACAAGCCAACCAAAAUGAUAUCAACAUUAGCAAUAAUAUUAGUCUAGCGACGCUCAACUGGGGCAAGAAGGACUCGAUUUCGGUGACGGAGGAGAGCGGAGUCGUCGGAUUGAACUUCCACCAAAGCAAAGAAAUACUUAUAGCGGAUAGCACCAACGGACACAUCGAUCAGCUGGGCAAGCCGUCGUCGUCGAAGAGCAGCAUGGCGGACGCCUGCGACGACUGCAGCUGCUCCGACAUGACCUCCUGGGGCAAGAUCAAGGCCCUGCUCCAGAAGAACUUCCUCCGCAUGUGGCGCAACGUCGGCGUGAUGCUGUUCAUCUUCGCACUGCCCGUCAUGCAAGUGAUACUGUUUUGCCUAGCCAUCGGGCGCGACCCCACCGGCCUGAAGCUGGCCAUCGUCAACCACGAGAAGAACUACACCAACCAGUCCUACCAGGAGUGCUCGUUCGACUACGGCUGCAAGUUCUCCUAUCUAAGUUGCCGCUACUUGAACAAUCUGCGGAACUCGACCAUCCUCAAAGAGUACUAUCCGGACCCGGAGUCGGCGGUCGACGCCGUCAAGCAGGGCCACGCCUGGGGCGCCCUCUACUUCACCGAGAACUUCACGGACGCGCUGGUGGCUCGCAUGGCGCUGGGCAAAGACGCCGAUCCGGAGACGUUGGACCAGAGCGAAGUCCGGGUGUGGCUGGACAUGUCGAACCAGCAAAUCGGAAUUAUACUGCAACGAGACUUGCAAUUGUCCUAUCAAGACUUUGCGAAAGACUUGCUAGGAGCGUGCGAGCAAAAUCCCGAUUUGGCCGAAAUUCCCAUCUCCUUCAAGGAGCCCAUUUAUGGGUCGAAUAAACCGUCGUUUACCGAUUUUGUGGCCCCGGGGGUUAUCCUAACGAUUGUUUUCUUCCUCGCUGUCGCGCUCACAUCCUCGGCUUUGAUCAUUGAACGGAUGGAAGGGCUGCUGGACCGGUCUUGGGUUGCUGGUGUAACCCCCGGCGAGAUCCUCUUCAGCCACGUGGUGACCCAGUUCGUGGUGAUGUGCGGGCAGACGGCCCUCGUGCUCAUCUUCAUGAUCCUGGUGUUCGGCGUGCAGUGCAAGGGCGACAUCGGCUGGGUGAUCGUCCUCACCAUCCUGCAGGGCCUGUGCGGCAUGUGCUUCGGCUUCGUGAUCUCGGCGAUCUGCGAGCUGGAGCGCAACGCCAUCCAGCUGGCCCUCGGCAGCUUCUACCCCACGCUGCUGCUCAGCGGCGUGAUCUGGCCCAUCGAGGGCAUGCCCACGGUGCUGCGCUACGUCUCCACCUUCCUGCCGCUGACGCUGGCCACCACCAGCCUGCGGGCGAUGCUCACCCGGGGCUGGUCCAUCGCCGAGCCGGCCGUCUACUACGGCUUCCUGGCGACCAUCAUCUGGAUCGUGGCCUUCCUGACGAUCAGCAUGCUGGUACUUAGGUUCAAGAGAGGGUAGUGCCGCUGGAUACGUACUGUACAAAGUCGCAAAAUUGUUGUGGUUAUAGUCAUUUUUUAUUUAUAAAUAACUUGCCUUGAUGUUUAACAUAAGUGUUACACCUAGUUUAAGUUUUAUAUACAGUUUUGUAUUAUGACGCAUGUCGCCGGUCACAGCUGAUGGCUUUAACACAAGACGGACGCCUUUGGCAGUAGAGACGUUUCUAGAAGUUUUAAUACAAAGUGCUCAAUUUUAUAUUGUUAAUGGUAUUGUGAUGUAUGUUUGUUUAGUGAUAUUAAUAAAAAUAUAUGCAGAA